AUGCACCAUUUCAGGUUGCAUGAAGAGCGUCAAAUCAAGGGCUGUGAAUGGACGGCCUCAGGCAAUAAUUGCAUCAGCAAGCCAGUUUGCCAAAAGCGGUCUGUUGCGCACACCCUUCAAUCCUCGCACACCCUUCAAUCCUCGCACACCCUGACACGCCUUCUCGUCCGACACCAGCAGCUCGUUCCCUGGGGGCCCUUUCUUUGGGCGCUGAUGCGGAUGCUGCAUGCAGAUGACCAAGGUUGCGACGCAACAGGUGGCACCGCCGCAGGUUGCACUCAUUCUGAUUGGAACGUCGGAAAACCCGCAUUAACCGAACCUUUGUUGAUUGGCUUGGACGCCACUAGCGCUGAAUCUCGGCCCCCUCAGCGGGGCGGUGUGCUCAGCCAGUUUGCGAUCCGCGCGGCUAUGAUUGGCCCGAUUUACGGCAACGCGGGACUUGGCGUGCCACACGGUUUUGUCUUCCGGAUCGGGCAACCAACACCUCGCCCUUCGUUCCUUCGCUGCGUUUUCCAACACCCCGACACCCCCCAACCCUGGUCCACCACGACGACAGCGAACCUCCUCUCACUCUGCCUCAUCAAGAAUCAUCGUUUGCCCAGUCACAGUCGAGCUUCUCAAUUCAGCAAGCGACGGACAAACCUCCAAACCUCCAAACCAACCCGAUCCAUUAUUAUCCACAGUACUCACGAUGUUCUGCAACAUACACCUCGUUUAGAUGGCUCCCAGCGCGAACUCGACACCUGCGAGCCCGACUCUCAGACAGCAUACCCUCUCUACGGUUCUCCAUCUUGGUCUCCUCUCCCGCACUCACCCAAUCCAACCCUCACCCUCAUCUAUACCUCACGACACGAAUCCACAGCUCCCGGCAGCCGGAGAAUGGACGAUCCCGACACUUGCUGGACAUGGCCCUUCUGGAAGUUUGGGCUGAAGAAGGACGACCUCUUCGGCACGCUCCACGACCAGUAUAAUACGGUCCCCUCCCCGAUCCUCGACCCCGAGGCCUUUCACCACGAUGUGUACGAGAUCUCCCAGCAAGCCGCCUCCGCCGACGAGUUCCACCGCCUCCUCCACACCCGCAAGGAACAACGCCUGCGCGAGUUGAACGAGACGCUCGAGUCUGCCGCCUUUGAAAUCAUCGCCAACCCUUCCCUUAUCGGCACUGAGCAGUGGCAACACGCCGUGCAAUUGUUCCGGACGAAGUCUCUCGAUUCCCUCGUGCGCUACUAUGCAUCUUACCUCCCUUCCGACCACCCAUGGUACAAGUCGGACUCGGCGUCGAGCUCCGAUGCGGGCAGCAGUGCCGGUUCGCUGACAGACUCUCACACGUCUUUCUUCGAGGAUGAAGAAAUCGACAUUGUGGAUGAGCCGUUCGAGUACCCGAGCUUCCCCCAGAAACACCUACCUGCCUCGCCUCGGUCGAUGACCAUGUGCUCCGACUCGUCUGCCGCGUCACCGAUUGGCGAUGCCCAUCACGAGUUUGACUUUGAACAUACAACCCCCAGUCGCUCUCUGUCCUUCUCGGAGUCCGAGCCGGACUGCUGUGCGACGGCUGGGUUGAACGCGCCGUGCGAUUGUGGACGCGACUCAGAUUAUCUAUCCACCUCUACCGCCGACCCCGAGACACCCUCUCAUGGUGUUGACGGCAACGAUACCGACGACACCACCCCAUCAACCAAAUCACGCAAGGGACAGGUCACACUCCCGCUACACACACCCGAAGUCACCGACUCAGAGACGCCGACGCCCAAACCAGAGGCGCAUUCGGCGUCCUUCUUUGCCGACACGAAAUUAUCACCAAAUUAUCACCGACGACAUCGCAGCGUCUCACCAUCGCGCCCGCAGCCCUUGUCCCAAAGGGACCUCGACGAGGUUCUCGUCACCCACCGAGACCCGCGCAACCCCACACGGUCGAAGCUUAAUCGGAGGGAAAGGGAGUGCAGCCCGGCAGUGCAACGGAGGAGGAGAGGAAGUCCGGCGGAGUCCGGCGCGAGAAUACAGAAACCGCUGGCCGAGACGGCGCGGUCAAGAACACGGGGACGGAAGUGGGCCGAGGGCAGCUAG